GCAGUGGGAGGUUGACAGGUCGAGGCGGGGAGGCGGCGGCGGCGGCUGCAGAGCCGGGCGCCCGAGACGGAGACCCCAUGGGGAAUGCUUCGAGUCACAGCAGUGAAGACGAAGCGGGAGCCGCCGGGGGUGAGGGCUGGGGCCCGCACCAGGACUGGGUCGCGGAUUCGGGCACGAUUCCCGGCCCGGGCCCCGCGGCCCCGGCGCUGCCGCCCGCCGCGGCGCUGCUGGAGCCAGCCCGGCUGCGAGAGGCGGCGGCUGCGCUGCGGCCCGCUCCGCCCUUCGAGUCUCUGGUGUCUAGGCACCACGGCGCUCUGUUGCGCUGGCUGGAAGAGCGGCUGGGCCGCGGCGAAGAGUCCGUCACCCUGGAUCAGUUCCGGGAGCUGCUGGAGGCUCGCGGCGCUGGCUGCUCGGGCGAGCAGUUCGAGGAGGCCUUUGCCCAGUUUGAUGCCGAGGGUGAUGGUACAGUUGAUGCUGAGAACAUGUUGGAGGCCCUCAAGAAUUCCAGUGGAGCUAACCUCCAGGGGGAGCUGAGCCACAUCAUCAGACAACUGCAGGCCUGCUCUCUUGUUCCAGGUUUCAUAGACAUAUUUUCAGAGUCCAAGGAGGGCCUGGGUGUUCACUCAUCAAUGAUUCUGCGCUUCCUGCAUCGCAAUCGGCUCCCUAGCGCAGUCGUCCCCUACCCCAUGUUGGACCACUGCAAUAACGUGUGCACCAUGAGGGCUUCUGUUCUGAAGGAGUCUCUGGAUCAACUGGUACUAAAAGAAAAGGAAAGCCCUGGAGAUCUAACUAGAAGCCCAGAGAUGGAUAAACUCAAGUCAGUAGCAAAGUGCUACGCUUAUAUAGAAACGUCCUCCAACUCUGCAGACAUUGACAAGAUGACAAAUGGAGAAACGUCUUCCUACUGGCAGUCAGAUGGCAGUGCCCGCUCACACUGGAUUCGUUUAAAAAUGAAGCCAGAUGUUGUGCUUAGGCACCUGUCCAUUGCGGUGGCUGCCGCUGACCAGAGCUACAUGCCGCAGCAGGUGACAGUAGCUGUGGGGAGGACUGCCGGCGAUCUUCAGGAAAUUCGUGAUGUGCACAUUCCCAGCAAUGUCACCGGCUACGUGACACUGCUGGAAAAUGCCAACGUCAGUCAGCUCUAUGUCCAGAUUAACAUAAAGCGUUGUCUUAGCGAUGGAUGUGACACUAGGAUUCAUGGUCUGAGGGCUGUUGGCUUUCAGAGAGUCAAGAAGCCUGGGGUCUCAGUCUCAGAUGCUUCUGCAAUAUGGUAUUGGUCUCUGCUCACAUCUCUGGUGACGGCUUCCAUGGAGACAAAUCCCGCCUUCGUGCAGACAGUGCUCCACAAUACUCAGAAGGCUCUGCAGCACAUGCCUCCAUUGUCCCUCUCACCGGGAUCUACGGAUUUCUCCACUUUCCUGUCUCCCAACGUUCUGGAAGAGGUGGACAGCUUCCUCAUAAGGAUAACUAGCUGCUGUUCUACUCCAGAGGUGGAGCUGACUCUUCUGGCUUUUGCACUAGCUAGAGGAAGUGUUGCGAAAGUGCUGAGCUCUCUGUGUACUGUCACUGACCACCUGGACACACACUAUGAUGCCUCAUCCCUCAUCUCAUCCAUGGCAUCAGUCAGGCAGAACCUCCUCCUUAAAUAUGGUAAACCUCUCCAGUUGACUCUUCAGGCCUGUGAUGUCAAAGGAAAAGAAGAGAAGUCAGGACCUGAAAACCUCCUUGUUGAACCGUGGACGAGGGACGGUUUUCUUACAGAGACUGGAAAAACCAGAGCAAGUACUAUUUUUUCUACAGGAACUGAAUCUGCCUUUCAAGUUACAAAGAUCAGAAUUAUGGUUCGGCGUGGCGGCAUUGGUGCCCAGUGUGGGUUGGUGUUUGCCUAUAACUCAUCAUCUGAUAAAUUUCACGCAGAAGAACACUUCAAAAGGUUUGAAAAAUAUGAUAAAUGGAAGCUGCAGGAGUUCAGGCAAUUUGUAAAAAGCAGGAUUGGUUGCUCACCUGAUGACCUUGGAGAGGAUGAUCCUAUUGGCUGGUUUGAGCUGGAAGAAGAGUGGGAUGAAGCAGAAUUCAAGUUGCAACAGUGCAGAGUUGCCAAAUAUUUGAUGGUGAAGUUCCUCUGCACCCGUCAGGAGUCGGCAGAGCGCUUGGGAGUACAAGGCUUGAGCGUCAGUGGGUACCUCCGGCCUGCGAGAACAGAAGCAGAACAGAGCGUUGUCUGUGCUCGCUGCAGAAAGGACACCGAGGAGCGUGUCUGUGGGGCCACACUGCUCCUCAGGACUCUUCAGUUCAUCCAGCAGCUCGCCCAUGACCUGGUGCAGCAGAAAGAAAGUGGCUUAAAAUAUAAAUCUUUUCUGGACUUCGCGGGUCUUGACUUGCAGAUCUUCUGGAAUUUUUACAGUAAAUUAAAGCAAAACUCGAGGGAAGAAUGCAUCUGUGCCCAGACCCUGCUUCUGCAGCUCCUCCAGAGCUGUUUCUCAGUGCUGCAGAGAGACGCGCCGGCUGCCUCUGAGGAUGCACAGGCUCGACGCCCGAGCCCGGGAGGAGUGGAGGCUGCCAAGGAGCUCUACACACACUUAUGUGGUGUGGUGGAUAGGGUGGAUGGAGACUCUGUGCCUAUGGAAAUAUUAAAACAAGAAGUCAGGAAUACUCUUCUCAACGGGGCUGCCAUCUUCUUUCCUGAUCGACAGACCCGGCGGAACCAUCUCUUCACCAUGAUGAGGAAUGUCACUGAGCAGGACCACAGGCAGUCCUUGCAGCUCACUUUCCGCUCACUGUGCACGUAUUUUAGUGAUAAGGAUCCAGGUGGCCUUCUACUUUUACCUGAGAAAGGUGACCUGGCAGACCUGCACAUCAGCGAAGUACUGGCAGUCAUGAGCACUCUCCUCUCUGUUGCUGCUCGAGAGUGUGAGCUGUUGAUGCUCGAUGGGGCCCAAGGGGAGGUUCACUCUGUGCUCUUCUCCCUGUUCUGGUCCGUCCAAGGCAGCCUGCUCUCUUGGUGCUACCUGCAGCUGAAGAGCACGGACUCUGGAGCCAAAGAUCUUGCUGUUGACCUUCUUGAAAAAUAUGUGGGACAGUUUCUGACAAGCAUGAGAGUGAUCUUGGAAUCCCUUUUGUCACAGUAUAGUGGAAAAACAGUAGUAGAAAAAUUAUGUAAUUCGGUGUUUUCAAUGGCAGCUCGUCAACUGGUAAUCUUUCUGCUGGACUUUUGCACUUUAGACAUUUCACACUGCACACUCUUGAGAGAGUUUAGUACCCUAACAGAACUGUUGAAGAAGCUUUGCAGUGACCCUGAAGGAGGACUGGAUAAGCUGGAUGUCGAGACUUGGCAGCAGGAGCAGCCUGUGGUGUUACAUACGUGGACUAAGGAGUCUGCCCACAACUAUGAAAAUAAUUGCCAUGAGGUGUCUGUCUUUGUUAGCCCAGGGGCAACCUAUUUUGAGGUGGAAUUUGAUGAGAGAUGUGAAACUGAAAAAAGGUACGAUUAUCUGGAAUUUACCGACGCUAGAGGUGGAAAAACACGUUAUGACACUAAAGUGGGCACUGAUAAAUGGCCCAAGAAAGUGACCUUUAAGGCUGGUCCUCGGCUGCAGUUUCUCUUUCACUCUGACAGCAGUAACAAUGAGUGGGGCUACAAGUUCACUGUCACUGCCUAUGGGCUGCCUGAUGUCGCCGUGUCUUGGGGGUUGGAUUUACAGCUCCUUGUUUCCCGACUCAUGGGGCGCCUUGCCUCCCAGUGCAUGGCACUCAAGUCUGUGCAUCAGUUAGGAAGUAACAUGGCUGUACCUCAGGCAAAAAUGGCUUUAGUCCUAAACUCUCCCUUGUGGAAACCUGUCUUCAGGCAUCAGAUAUGUCCAGAGUUGGGAUUAGAAGCAAGCUGGCCCACUCACCCACACCAGGAUAGUAAGGAGAUUAAGAACGUCCGUGAUGAUCCCUGCCAUCAUUUUCUUCUUCAUUUUGCACAGUCAGAUCCUGCCCAGAACUUCUGUGGGCCAUAUUCAGAACUUUUCAAAGGAUUCAUACAGGCAUGUAGAAAACAGGCCCCAAAGACAGAUAUAGUUGCUGGUUCCACUAUUGAUCAAGCUGUGAACGCCACCUUUGCUGCUCUGGUGUAUCGCACUCCAGACUUAUAUGAGAAGCUGCAAAAAUAUGUACACAGUGGGGGCAAGACAGCCCUGAGUGAGGAGUUUGCACAGGUGUAUUCUUUGGCAGAUGGGAUUCGAAUAUGGAUGUUAGAGAUGAAGCAGAAGUCCCUGAUGAGCCUGGGGAACGAGGCAGAAGAAAAACUCGGGUCAGAAGCUGCUGAGGCCAACCCUGAGAGCCUGGCAAAAGAGUGUAUUCAGAAGAGUCUUCUUUUACUAAAAUUUUUGCCCAUGGGUGUAAGUUCGAAAGAAAGCUGUGACAAGUUGGUGACUUUAGAUGAAACCGAUCACCUGCAGCCUCUCGAUAAGCGCCAGAGGACAAGCUCUGUGGUGGAAGAACACUUCCAAGCCUCAGCAUCUCCCACUGAAGCAGUGACCCCUGCUGCAGGAGACAGGAGUCCUGGCUUGGAUGUCCAUCCAAAGCUGCCACCUAGUAGUGGCCCUCUUGCCGCAGAAGUGUCCUCUGCCACAGCCGAAGAGCCCUCGUCACCUUCCACUCCUACCCGGAGGCCUCCGUUCACACGAGGGCGACUCCGGCUGCUCUCCUUCCGGUCGAUGGAGGAGGCCAGACCAGUGCCCACAGUGAAAGAGAAAUACCCUGUGCUGAAGGAUGUCAUGGACUUCAUUAAAGAUCAGUCACUCUCCCACGAGAGUGUUGUAAAGGUUCUUUCCUUGAGGAAAGCCCAAGCCCGGAGCAUCCUUGAAGUGCUGAGGAUAAUUCAGUACUGUGCCGAAUCCCUCGGACAGCCUCACUGCUUCCAUCCGCCUUAUAUACUUUUCCUGUUGGAACUGCUGACCUGCCAGAAAGAGUUUACCAAUUAUUUUGGACACUUGGAGGCCUGUGGUGCAGAUCUACACAAAGAAAUUCGAGACACUUACUAUCAAUUUGUUCUGUUUUUGGUCAAAGCAAUUAAAGGAUUUAGUAGCAUAAAUGACAGGUCCUUGCUGCCUGCCUUAUCCUGUGUUCAGACAGCCCUGCUUCAUCUUUUGGAUAUGGGCUGGGAACCCAGUGAUCUUGCCUUCUUUGUUGACAUUCAGUUACCAGAUCUCCUCAUGAAAAUGUCACAAGAGAAUAUAAGUGUCCAUGACAGUGUGAUCAGCCAAUGGAGUGAAGAAGAUGAGCUUGCUGAUGCGAAGCAGAAUUCAGAAUGGAUGGAUGAGUGUCAGGAUGGCAUGUUUGAGGCUUGGUAUGAAAAAAUAGCCCAGGAAGAUCCAGAGAAGCAGAGGAAAAUGCACAUGUUUAUUGCUCGCUACUGUGACCUGUUGAACGUGGACAUCUCUUGUGAUGGAUGUGAUGAGAUUGCCCCCUGGCAUCGCUACCGGUGUCUGCAGUGCAGUGACAUGGAUCUCUGCAAAACUUGCUUCUUAGGUGGGGUGAAGCCUGAGGGCCACGGAGAUGACCAUGAAAUGGUCAACAUGGAGUUUACCUGUGACCACUGCCAGGGUUUGAUCAUAGGCCGGAGGAUGAAUUGCAAUGUGUGCGAUGACUUUGAUCUUUGCUAUGGAUGCUAUGCAGCAAAGAAAUAUUCCUAUGGCCAUUUGCCUACGCACAGCAUCACAGCCCAUCCGAUGGUGACCAUCCGGAUCAGUGACCGGCAGAGGCUCAUCCAGCCCUACAUUCACAACUACGCCUGGCUGCUUUUUGCUGCACUGGCUCUCUAUAGUGCCCACCUGGCCAGCGCAGAGGACGUGGACGGCGAGAAGCUGGAUCCCCAGGCCCGCAGCAGUGCCACCACCCUGCGGAGCCAGUGCAUGCAGCUUGUCGGGGACUGUCUGAUGAAGGCUCACCAGGGAAAGGGUCUGAAAGCUCUAGCUCUUCUUGGUGUGUUGCCAGAUGGUGACUCUACCCCAGAAAACCAGGCCCUGUCAGUCACUGUGCCCACUGGAACAUCAGAGGAGCAGCUAGAGAAGAAAGCUGUCGAGGUUGCAGAGGAGCCGUCAGACACAGACCGUUUUGUGCACUGCAAUGUAAAUAACAGUCUCGACUGGGCAGAAUCCCAGGCUGAACUCAGAGAGCCCGUCACACAGGAGAGCAGAGCGGAGAGGUUAAGGGCACAGACUCUUGACCCAGGUUGCCUGGGUUCACAUCCCUGCUCUGUCAGGCCUUGGGCGUGUUACUACAGUCUCUUCACUUCAGUUUUCUCAUCUGGAAAGAGAGAUGUUCAUAAGGCAGUUGUUCCUUUAGAUUUCAAGCAGAGAAGUAAGGCAGAUGAAGGUGUAUUGUUAAUGAAGGAUCCUUCAUGCCAGACUCAAAUUUCAGACUCACCUGCAGAUGCUAGCACACCUACAGGACUUCCAGAUGCUGAAAAUUCAGAGGCAUCAUCUGAGAAGCCCGUUGAGGAAAAGGCGGUUACUCCAAGCCCUGAGCAGGUGUUUGCUGAAUGUUCACAGAAGAGGAUUUUGGGAUUGCUUGCAGCCAUGUUACCUCCCUUAAAGUCGGGUCCCACAGUCCCCCUGAUAGACCUGGAGCACGUCCUCCCACUCAUGUUUCAGGUUGUCAUCUCAAACGCAGGCCACCUGAAUGAAACCUACCACCUCACCCUGGGUCUUCUCGGCCAGUUAAUCAUCCGCCUUUCACCAGCAGAGGUGGAUGCCGCGGUGAUCAAGGUCCUCUCAGCCAAACAUAACCUGUUUGCGGCAGGGGACAGUUCCAUCAUGCCAGAUGGCUGGAAAACCACCCACCUGCUUUUUAGCCUGGGAGCUGUGUGUCUGGACAGCCGGGUGGGCUUGGACUGGGCAUGCUCCAUGGCGGAGAUCCUGCGGUCACUCAACGGUGCCCCACUGUGGCGUGAUGUCAUUGCCACCUUCACAGACCACUGCAUCAAGCAGCUGCCUUUCCAGCUGAAGCAUACCAACAUCUUCACCCUGCUGGUGCUGGUCGGCUUCCCCCAGGUCCUCUGUGUGGGGACCCGCUGUGUUUAUAUGGAUAAUGCCAAUGAACCACAUAAUGUGAUCAUCCUGAAGCACUUCACUGAGAAGAACAGGGCUGUGGUCGUCGAUGUCAAAACCCGGAAAAGGAAAACAGUGAAGGACUACCAACUGGUCCAGAAAGGAGGAGGACAGGAAUGUGGCAGCUCUCAGACCCAGCUGAGCCAAUACUCACAGCACUUUGCCUUUAUCGCCAGUCACCUUCUGCAAACCAGCAUGGACAGCCAUUGUUCCGAGGCAGUGGAAGCAACUUGGGUGCUGUCCCUGGCCCUCAAAGGGUUAUAUAAAACACUAAAGGCUCACAGUUUUGAAGAGACCCAUGCUACCUUCCUUCAGACUGAUUUGUUGAAGCUUCUGGUGAAAAAGUGCAGCAAAGGGACUGGCUUCAGUAAAACGUGGCUGCUCCGGGACCUGGAAAUUUUGUCCAUCAUGCUGUACUCCUCAAAAAAGGAGAUCAGCACUUUGGCCGAGCACGGAGACCUGGAGCUGGAUGAGCGAGGGGACCAAGAAGAGGAGGUGGAACAGUCAGUCAGCAGCCCCAGUGAACCAGAGCAGAAAAAGCUAGACCCUCUCGAAAGCCUGGAUGAGCCCACCAGAAUAUGUUUCUUGAUGGCCCACGAUGCCCUCAAUGCCCCUCUGCACAUUCUCCGGGCCAUAUACGAACUGCAGAUGAAAAGGACCGAUUCCUUCUUCCUGGAGGUUCAGAAGAGGUUUGAUGGAGAUGAGCUCACCACGGAUGAAAGGAUACGGACCCUGGCUCAGAGGUGGCAGCCCAGCAGGAGUCUGAGAAUGGAUGAGCAGAGCGCCAAAGCUGUGGAUACAGACAUGAUUAUCUUACCAUGCCUGUCCCGGCCCACACGCUGUGACCAGGCCACUGCUGAAUCAAACCCUGUUACCCAGAAGCUCAUCUCCAGCACCGAGAGUGAACUGCAGCAGAGCUAUGCCAAGCAGCGGCGUAGCAAGAGCGCCGCCCUCCUGCACAAGGAGCUGAACUGCAAGAGCAAGAGGGCUGUCCGAGACUACCUCUUCCGCGUGAAUGAGGCCACAGCUGUCCUGUAUGCCCGCCACGUGCUCGCAUCCUUGCUUGCUGAGUGGCCUGGGCAUGUGCCAGUGAGCGAGGAUAUCCUGGAGCUAAGUGGCCCUGCCCAUAUGACCUACAUUUUGGAUAUGUUCAUGCAGCUGGAAGAAAAGCACCAGUGGGAGAAGAUCCUGCAGAAAGUGCUCCAAGGCUGCCGAGAGAACAUGCUGGGGACCAUGGCCCUGGCUGCCUGCCAGUUCAUGGAGGAGCCAGGAAUGGAGGUGCAAGUGAGGGAGUCGAAACACCCGUAUAAUAACAACACCAACUUUGAGGAUAAAGUUCACAUUCCGGGUGCAAUCUACCUCUCAAUCAAAUUCGAUUCGCAGUGCAAUACAGAGGAAGGCUGUGACGAAUUAGCCAUGUCCAGCAGCAGCGACUUCCAGCAGGAUCGGCACAAUUUCAGUGGGUCUCAGCAGAAAUGGAAAGAUUUUGAGCUUCCAGGAGACACUCUGUAUUACCGAUUCACCUCCGACAUGAGCAACACCGAGUGGGGCUACAGAUUCACUGUGACGGCCGGACACCUGGGGCGCUUCCAGACAGGAUUCGAGAUUUUGAAGCAGAUGCUGUCAGAAGAAAGAGUUGUGCCACACCUCCCGUUGGCCAAAAUUUGGGAAUGGCUGGUAGGUGUAGCCUGUCGCCAGACUGGUCAUCAGCGGUUAAAAGCCAUCCACCUGCUUCUGCGGAUGGUGCGGUGCUGCACCCACAGCGAGCUCUGUGACCUUGCGCUGUUGAAGCCCCUGUGGCAGCUCUUCACCCACAUGGAGUACAGCCUCUCCGAGGACGUGACGCAGCCUGUCAUCCUGCUCCCCUUGCACCGUGCCCUCACCGAGCUCUUCUUCGUCACCGAGAACCGAGCCCAGGAGCUCGGCCUGCUGCAGGACUACCUGCUGGCCCUGACCACCGACGACCACCUUCUCCGCUGCACAGCACAGGCUCUGCAGAACAUUGCUGCUAUCAGCCUGGCCAUCAACUACCCAAACAAGGCAACCCGCCUCUGGAAUGUGGAGUGUUAGUCCUUGGUAUGGCGUGCAUGGAACUAGCUACUCUGCCCACAGGGAUUUUAGGGCAGAUAUUUAAACUCAUUCUGGAAAAUUCCUGUGGCGUCAGCGCCCAGCUCUCCUUGAGCUCCCAUUUCCACUCCAAUUAAAAUGCCAAGCAGCCAUGUCUCCAAGAACUUCUGUGUCACAGGCUAGACCCCACAUACUGAGCAUGUGAGAAUAAGCAGAGCAGUGCAGACCCAUUCAGAAAGGGCAGGCAGGAGGCCUGAGAAGGUUGUCCAGAGACCAGCCGUCUCCAGGGUCUGUCCCUGCGGAAGCCACAGCCCCAGGAAGACCUGAAGCAGCCUCUCUGGAAAGGGUGCCAUCUUGGUUGAGCUGGAGCCGCCCGCACUUGCCCUCAGGUGAAGACAGUCUGCCCAGAGCUGCCGUCCUCAGCGAGACCUCCAGCAGCAGCCUGGCCUGGGCGCGCCUCUUCCGCUUCUGCUUCUUGAGACUGGGCAAUCCAAACCAAAACCAGGGAGAGCCCCUCCUGGCCGCCACCUGGUCCCCAAGCGUUCAGUAUAGGACCAGGUGGUGCGCUGGCUCCCUGCACAGCCACCGCUGUCCCAGAGAAAUCCUGAUGAGAACAAGUGCCCUUGGGAACAGCCAGCAGGCCUCCCGGGAGUGUCUGCGCAUGCACUGACCCCAGCACGUCCGCGUUUUUCUAGUUAGUGUUGUUUUAACAUAUUUCAGUUUCCCCCUCACAUUUUUAGAACAGAACCACGCUGACUUCCGUGAGAGGAAUGACCAGUGGAACAGUGAUUCGGGGGGACAAACCGGUUUGUGUGAAAGUAGCAGAACCUGAAGAGUACUCUAGCUUCUGUACCUAAGGCCCGGAAGUGUUAUCAGAGGAGUAAAAAAACAAAACAGAGAAACACAUGAGGAUUUUAUUUUUGCUCCAUGGUCAUGGUAAUCCAUCCCAUCCACCUCUGCCUGGCUAUCUGAAUGUCACUUGUCUGGCAAUAACUACAUUCAUUGUAAUCAAUGCUGUUUUCCAUUUUUCUUUUUGUGGUUGUAGUCUUGCCUUGAAGUGCUGACUCAUUCUCUUUCCAAAGCCACGCUUUGGAAUGAGAAGCUGGGUUGGCCUCUGGGCUGUGUACACACCUCAGCGUGACUGAUCAGCAUGAAGAACGCCUGAGGCCACUGCCAUUGAAGGGUGGUGUUGGCCGAGCAUGUACCACCACACAAGGCCAGACCCGAGGGAGGCUCAUAGUCACAGUCAAGGCCAAGCUGUGCAGGUCAGCACUGCCAUGGCCUUUGAAGCCCCUCUGCGGGGUCUGCAGGGGUCCGGAUUGAAAGGGCCAGGACUGCAGGUCCCAGGAGGAUCUGACUGCUGGAGCACUUUGCCCUUCGACCUUCUGCAGCCCUAGAUUUAGACUCUCAGCCAAGCCGCAAGCUGCGUGUGGAGCCAUCAUGGAAGGGAGAAUUCAAGGGCGACACACAAAUGGGGGCAGGGCCUGAAACUGGGUGACCUAAGGCCCAUCGCCCCGACGUGGUCAGCAAGGCCAGGGCCUGGCCUCCCAUGGUGUGGGAUGCAAGUAAACUGCGCUGCCGGCUUGGCAGACAGCCCGUCUCAUGUCUUGCUCUGCCUGCAUCCCUAGAGGAGGCCCGGUGUUCUGUACCACGCAGACCAAGCAGGUCUGGCAGUGAGGAGGGAAACCAGAGAACGUGUCAGUGUUUUCGAGAAGUCCCCACCCGGGGCUCCGACUCUCACCGUCUGCCUGGAAGACAGACGAGACGGUGCAGCUCACUGCUCAGCUCACGUGCCACCCACACCCUCCGUCCCUCGGGCUGACUGAGUAAAGCAGGUCUCGCCCCUUCACGGCGGUCGCCGCCCUCUCUGCUCCCCAUGCUCCCAUCAGAAGAUAAACUGUAAAUAAACGCUGGACUCCUCAUAGCUUUUCUCUCCCGCCGCCCUUGCUCUGCCGGGCUCUCCGUACUUCCGUUUGCAUAGAACGAGCCUAAGUCUCCCCUCACGCGCGGGGCGGCCCUGCCUCCCGCCGCCUCUGCUUCCAGCCACCGGGGGGCGCUGCCGAGCCCUUCCCGGGCCGGUGGCCGCCGCGCUCCCCGUGCCCAGCUGGGCGGCGGCAGCGAAGGAGCGAUUCCAUCAAGACCAACACGCUUCCUCCUUCCUAGGAGGCAGGACUGCCUGGAGCGAGAUAAAACUGGCGGAAUAAAGGUGUCGUGGAAACAUGUGCCUAAUCUCUAAAGAAAUUCUGUUCAAAUCAUAUAUAUUGUACAAACAGACACUGUUCCUAAUGAGAGGAGUGACUUAUUUUCAUCAUCGUUUUUAAUUUGUUUUCUUACGGGUUUACGAUUUUGAAUUUUUCUUAUUUGGUUGAAAGAAUUUUGAUUAUAUUAGCUGAGUGAGUUCAGCCUGUAAAAAGGAUGUUAAGUUGUGGGUAAAAUAUGCAAAUGAAGAGAAAUAUAUUGUACAAAUUCUAUAUA